GAAUAAUCCUCCAGGAGAGUAAGCUUCGUCUCUGCCUCGUGUUCGGUAGUUCUUGACUGGCUUUGUUCCUUAGCUGUUGAACACGCCUUCGAUUUCGCUGCGGCUUCAUUCAUUGAAUAUUAGCGUGGAGCAUCCAUUUUGGGCGUUGUCAACAAUAGUACCGGCAAUAAAGAUGAAUUUACCCAUGAUGUGUCCACCUCUAGCAGCAGCAGAGUGAAAAAACAAGAAAGAAAGAACUAGUACCUAAACAAGCACACUUUCACCUCGAUUUGAUGGGCACUCUUACCCGUACGCGCGAGGGUCGGCAACAGCUGGCUGGGCACCUGCUAAGCAGUGUGCGCUCGCAGAACGGAGAUGAGCCUGUGCGGAUCGCGAAGCCUGGCAGCGAGUAUAGUUUUGUGCAGUUCGAGUCGGAGCUGAGCGUUCACCUGCAGGAAUCACCGAAGAAACCGCCGCCGGUUUUUCUGCACGCUGGCAGACAAAAGGCCCUGGGUACCACUACGAGCUCCGGCUGCUCUACGCACAAUACCUCAACCUGGGACCAACACAGUUUUUUUCGCCCAGGUAGUUCCUCCUCCUCGGCCUCAUCCGCCUCGUCAACCUCAUGCUCUCGGGCCGCGAAGACUUCUGGCGCCGGAGGAAUGGCGAACCAGGCCCCACCGGUGCUGAAAGUCAUGAAGAAGCCCUUUCAACCCAAGACCCGCAGCACCACGACCGCACACGGCAGUAGCAGUUCGUCCUCCUGCUCUAGGAGUGUCCCGACGAGGCCACCACCGCGCGAGAGUGGUACCACUGCUGGUGCGGAUAGUUACCACGCCACCCAGUCUUCAUCUUCAGUCGGGUCCUCACGAACCCCCGUUGCGGGCGGACCACCAGCACGGCUCGCACUGAAAAAGGGCAGCAGCACGCGGAGCCACAACAACACCGACCCGAUAGCGUACCGUGCUUCCGUUUCCACGCGUGCGAUCAGCGGCGGAGGCAAAAGGAAAUUUUGUUCGCAGCCGGCUAGUUCGAGCACGUCUAUGAUCAAUGCUUCCAGUAUUCUGUCCGAUUAUGAUGAUCGGGCAGUAGUCGAGGAAGAAGACCCUUUUCUCCAUCUCAGCAACGGUUCUUUUAGCCUGCUGGCGCAGAAAAAAACGGAGAUCGCGAGCUUGGAAAAGCAGCUGGAAGUUCUGUUAAGCAGCGCGGAACGGGAUGUGGCUGAGCGUGCUGUGUUGGAGGAUUCGUUGCAAAAAUCGAGCUUGCACGUUGCAGAGUUAGAAAAAAAGCUAGACCGGAGUGAACGUAGUUUAGACGAAUUGGCCCGCACGAAGGCGGUCGCCAAAGUCGAGGCAGACAAGCAAGUGGAACAGCUGGAGGAAGAGAUCGCCCACCUGCGCACAGAUUUGUGCACCCUACAGCAGGACCACGCGUCAUUGCUGGAAGAGAGGAAAAUUGGUACUGAUGAUGCUGCGCCGACAUGAUGAUUUCUUGAUUUAUUUCUGACGAACGAAGUAGAAUAUCUGGCUCUGGAUUGCGGGGCGCGUCGUGGAAGCAAAAAGCCAUGCAUGAUGAUGUUAGUACCUGAACCAAAAAGUUAUGUGACAGCGUUGCACAGGAGCAGGUCCUUUCAUUCAAAACAUCUUCACCACAGGGAACGACCGCCAGGCGGCUGCAGAAGACAUUGAGAAAGAGCAGCUGCAAUUGCUGAAGCACGGCGUGCUGCAAAUUUUUCUCCCGACUGUCCACUCUCCCACAAGCGAAGGCGGAACCAGUUUGAGCGCUCAACAUGGCACCGGCGCAGCGAAUACCGCCGACGGAGACAGCGGCAGCGCUGAAAUUGCUGGAGCUGCGGUGGGACAACCGAAAAUUUCCGCGACGUCCUCAAAGCGGGCUGCACGGUUCGAGCAGCAGCUAGAAAGCGCAGACUCCGUGGCAAAAGUGUUGGAAUUGCUGCAGGUUUGCAAGGGGCGGUUUGACGACAAACUGUUCCAAGAGAAAGCGAAGCGGAUGGAGUCGGAGAGUCUGCAGCAGAGUGUCGAGCGCAUCUAUCGGGGGAGGAUUGUCGACGGUAGAAUGAUCAAUCUUCGCACGGAAGCGGACCCGACGGGGGAGCAGGUCGAUGCCGCGGAACCGGCGUCGCCCUUUAACGGCGCCGCCCUAGUGCGCUUCUUGGAAGAGCGAAAAAUUGAGCAGGAGCGUCAGUAUAAGCUUCGGAAACAGCUCGUGGAACUCUCGUGCGCGCACUGCGUCUGCAUGAAGCAGUUGCUCAAACGUGCGCACCGGGCUGUACGGGCGGGGACAGGUAGAUUGAGAGUUUUUUGGUACGCAUGAAACGACAAACAUAGAAGCUACUGCCUAGCUUUCUGUUGGUGAAUGUAAAGUUCAUGACAAUAAACGCGAAAUUCAAGGUGAGGAUCAGUGGGCGUCCCCGCGAAGGGCUAUUGCAGACCAGGCACCACCCCCCCUGCCUUCUCCGAAAAGCGCGUCGCCAGGGAAAAAAUCAAGCGCCGCGGCAGCGUCACCGGAGGAACGGCCACAUCAAGAACGCUUCUACUCGCCGGAAAAAUCGCCACGUGCAAACUUCCGUACACUGGUGAGCGAAUUAGAUCUCACACUAAAACAGUUUCAAACAGACGUGGAGUACCUCCUGUCUAACUAGGACCCGUUCGGGCCCGCAGACGCGGAUCGAAACGUGUCGUGCUGGUCCAAAAGAACAACUCUAGUACAGCGCCGCGCUGCCCAAAAGAUCGAGAAUUGGUUCAACAAAACAAAUACAAGCAGUUCCACGUACAGAAUGUGUAAAUGAUUCUCAUAAAAUGACUCUGACGAAUUUUUGAUUUAUUACUACAGCAUUUUUCCUUACGUUUUCCUUUUCGUUGUUUUCGCAUUAACACUGCCUUUUUACAUGUACCAAUGAACAACUACAAACAUGUACGUCCAUUCUGACUGGGAUGGCUUUUCCAGUCACUGUAAGAUGCAACAGAUUUGCUGGCUCGAGACUCAGUACAGUCGUUGGCUGUGCCCUACUUCUGCACAGGUGGAGCAACCUCUGGCUCGACACACUUUCUGGUUACAUCAUGUUUAUGUUAAUUGUGAAAUUCGUCAUUGUGAAAUAGCUAGAGGGAAGAAGUUGAUGCCGUGACUUUCGUAGAACUCGUCGGGAUCGUUGUCGUUGAGAAAGUGACGUCGUCAGCAAUGAAGGCCAUUCACUCAAUGAAUCACAAUGAAGUGAUUCAUGUGGACUAACUCUAGCAUCUGUAGUCGAGCAGUCGAAGCCCUGUAUGUUGAGUCUGUGCUACCUUUUUCGGUAUCAGUAAAUGGGAGCUCGAGUGACCCCUUGCGUCUGUGGUGCAGAUGGACCAUAGUGGAAGAAAAAUCGUUUUUGAUCCGAAAUACCUGAUGAUCGCCGAUGCUCGAAAUAAAGAUUCUUACCAAUAAAAGAGAGGAUCGUCGACCAUGUCGGUGUACUAGACGUGGAUCAUUCGUCCUCGUCGAAGCCGCCGCU